AUGGCGGACGAUAUAAUUUUCCAUCACAUCUUCAAUUUUCUCUCUGUGUGUGCAUUACAGCCGAUCCUUCAAGAAGCUGUUAUCGAGUACAUCAGAGCAGUAGAUGAAGAUUUUGAAGAUGAAGAUAUGAUAAGAAUGAGAAUGAAUCAAUGUUCAUUAUUGCUGAUUGAAGAAAAAGAAGAAGAGGAAGAAGAAAAAGUGAGUGGUGUCUAUAUUCGAGCUCAUGGUGUUGUUCACGAUGUUAUUAAAUCUGCGACGAAAGAUUGCAGAAAGGAUGAAGUUUACAAAGUGGUAUAUGGGGCUGUCAUGUCACUCUCAAGAUAUAAAAAAUUAGACUCUAUUGAUGUGGGAACAAAAUUAGCUCCCCAUUUAAAGAUGUUAAGCUUAAAACUUGAACAUGUGUUAAUUAGAAGAGAAAAGCCAGAAUCCUCCGAAGGAGCACUUAAGUCUUUGAGUUCUUACCCUGGUGGCCUUUGCACCCUCGUUGACAUGUGCCAUGACCACAAUCAAGCAAAAGACUACCAUAAUCAUGCACUGGAGAUUUAUCUGAAGAAGCUGGAACCUGAUCAUGUUGAUGUUGCAGCCUCUUACAACAGUCUGGGUAAUUUACACAGUGACCUGGGCGAAACAGAUCAAGCAGAAGACUACCAUAGGCUUGCACUGGAGAUUGGUCUGAAAAAGCUGGGACCUGAUCAUGUUAAUGUUGCGGCCUCUUACGACAAUCUGGCCAAUAAGAAAUCAGGAAAUUCGGUUCGGUUUCCUAAAACCGCUAAAUCAGUGACGCGGGCGCAGUUUUGGGAAUUAGCUUCCGAUCGGGGAAAGGAUUAUCUUAACGAUGAAGAAAUCUAG